CACAAAUGUAUAUACUUCAAUACAGUAAGGCUUGGAUAUCGAGUCCUCUUAGCUCUGUUGUGAAAACAAAACAGAUUGCUUCUGUUAAUUGCCCUCGAUUUCCUGUCCAGAAAAGAAAGAAAGCAAAGCGUAAAAAUGCCCAAGAGAACAACACACACUUAUUCCAGCGAGGAUGCUGCUCCAGAUGGCCCCGACUCGGAUCUCUAUGUCUAUUACUGCAAGCACUGCGGUUCUCAUGUACUCAUUACAGACACUCAACUACAGAAAAUGCCAAAAAGAAAGACAGAUAAAGCAUAUGUACUGGACAAAAAGCAACAUCUGGCAAGACUUAAUAUUGCCGAAUCAGGCAAAUUUCUUUUGAAACGGGGUGAAGGAAAGGUGGAAAAGCAAUUUCGUAUGACUUGUGUUGGUUGUGGACUAUUCGUUUGCUAUCGUUCUGAGGAGGAUUUGGAAGCUGCUCCUUACAUCUAUGUUACAGAUGGCGCUCUUAGCUCAGUUGCAGCAGAAACAAAUCCUCAGGAUGCCCCUGUGCCACCUUGCAUCUCGCAAUUAGAAGGUGGACUUGUUCAAGUGGCAAUAGAAGUUGAAGAUCGUGCACAACGCUCGGCAAUUACAAGAGUAAAUGCGGACGAUGUUCGCGUGACAGUAGCAGCACCUGCAGCUCGUGGGGAAGCUAACAAUGAGCUGUUAGAAUACAUGGGCAAAGUAUUGGGUUUGAGAUUAACGCAGAUGACCUUACAAAGGGGAUGGAACAACAAGUCAAAGCUGUUGGUGCACGCGAUGUCUCAAUCAGGUGGAAGAUUUAUCUGCUCGGGAAGUGUAUGAAAAGCUUUUACUUGCCGUGCAACCAUAGGAAGUUAUUGUAUUUCAUUUGAAUUUGUUUUGCAUCUCACUUCAUUACUUAUUUUAUGACUUCUUAUUGUGCCUAUCAAUAUUUUGUUAACCACAAAACUAUGCACUACAUUUUUAAUUAGUCUCCUCUGCAAAAAAUGCUCAUCCAGCUUUAUAUGAGAUGGAUCAUUUGGAUGUGCAUGGUGGAAGUUUUUUUUCAAUUAUUGCCCUCUUUACAAAGGAGCUUCAGUUUUGCAAUAUCAGGAGUAUCCCGCAUGACUUCUCAUUAAACUCAACCGCAAAUGAUUUGGCUGCAAGUUAGCUGCCUGGUGAAUGGAAGGUUGUCAACUCAAGUUGCAGUAACACGAGAGGCAAUUUUAGAAAAGAUAUGUGGCGUUUAAAUGUAGCAUGUACAAUGCUCAUCACGAUCCCAACAUCCUAUCCUUAGUCAGGGCAAGAAUUAAGAGUACGAAAGGAAAUUUUAUAAUUAUAUAUGGAAUUCCAUAAAUAUUUAGUUUCUAAGUUACAUUUAUUAACAAUUUAUAAAAUUUCCCUAGUUUACUCUUUUGUGUAUUCAAA